CAAAUUAACGAGUGACUCUUCUGCUCCAAACAACGCCUCUUGUUCUCGCGCUUGUUGCUUGUUGGGAUGACAUGACAAUUUUUCCCCAUGCCUUUGUUUGGUGGCACCGUUUCCCUCCACUCCUGGCGAUUGUUAUACGACACCUCAAACGACCAUUGCAUUUCGGGGCGGGCAUGGGUCAAUAUAGAUCUCACCUCACUCUUCCAUUGGAAUACGAAGCAGCUUUUCGUGUAUCUGACUGCGGAAUAUACCAACUCAAAAGGAGUAAAAAAUGAUGUCGUGCUCUGGGAUCGGAUUGUGCGGCGAAAGGGAGACGCCCGGAUUAACAUCGAAGGAGCCAAGAAUAAAUACGUGUUUCGAGACUUCAGCAAAUCAUUCCGGUGCGUUCGUCGGUCUGUUUAUCUGUUUUGUUUAUCCGCCAUGCCAUCACCGCUUGCAGGAAAGCGAGUGAAUGCUCGGCUGCAGGCUAUUUCACCUUUCUGAAUACCACUCUAUGUUUCAAGACUGGAUACGUUUUUGUUCUCGGCUGACAUUCUUGAAUACACGGUAGGAAUGCAACCAAAGCCGAGUUCUCCCUCAGGUACAGCGUGAUGCCAUAUGUUGGAGUGCUCUAUCAAGGAGACGCGGCCCGUACGCGAACUCUAGUC